CAGGCAGCUACCUACUCUCCUAUUCACCUUUAUACCAAGGAAAAGAAAAGAACUUUAAUAUAAAAUCGCAACCAUGGUCCAAGGAUCCCUCAAGAAGAAGCCCGCGGGCAACAGUGGGAAUCUUGUGAAGCGUCCCUCAGCCCUGGGCCCCAAGCGCGGACCGAGACAAAUCGCACCUAAGAAGACGACGUUGGUUAAGCAGCAGAAGUUGACUAAGAAACUCACGGCGGGAUUGGUGGCCCGGACGGAGAAGAAUCUUGCAGAGAAGGCGGGACAUUUGGAGUUGUUGGCGGGAGGAAAGAAGGAUAAGAAGAAGGAUACUAAGGGUAAUGUGAAGAAAUAG